AACCAUGAAAUUCUUUAGCAAUACAGAAUUUACCGUUGCCUUUUUCCUUUACUCUUUUCUCCUUCUCUCGGCUUGCUCGGAUCAUGGAUUUAACUACGAUGAAGGAACCGGGAGGGGGCCGUCGUGUUGGGGCACGCUCAAACCGGAAUGGGGAACCUGCAGCGCCGGACGAGAACAAUCUCCUAUCGAUAUCGGAACAGUCCAAGUCAGUUCUCGGUUGGGAGACUUACAAAGGAACUAUACACCAGCCGAAGCUGUUUUGAGGAACAGGACCGAAGAUGUUGCGGUGGUGUUUUUAGGGCAUGCCGGAAGCAUUACCAUUAACGGAAUGGUCUAUAAAGUAGUUAAUUGUCACUGGCAUUCACCUUCAGAGCACACUUUGAAUGGAACUAGGUAUCCUUUGGAGGUUCACAUAGUUCAUCGUAGUGACGAAAAUAAAAUUGCAGUUGUGGGGAUUCUUUACCGUUAUAGCCUACUACUACCUGACCCUUUCAUUGCUAGCAUUUUCCCCGCCAUAUCAUUUCUUGGAAGGGAAGACAUACCUCUAGGGUUUAUUAAUCCGGAAACCAUUGGAUUUCCGGACUCGGGUUAUUAUCGAUACAACGGUUCACUUACGACUCCUCCGUGUUCCGAGAACGUGACUUGGACCGUUUUCAAAGAGGUCAAGAAGGUCACCUGGUUUGAAGUUGGAGCAUUAAGGAGAGUACUUCCUCCUCAAAACAGGGACAAUUCAAGGCCAACUCAACCUCUGAACGACAGAAGUGUGUUACUCCAUCCAAGGACGAGUUUAACUUGAAAACAUAUGAACCAUGUCUAACCUUUAACACUCUAUGGCAUAAGGGUGUAUAUUUUAUGCUUAAAAUACAUUAUUGUACCAAAUAAUUGUUGUCCCACUUUAUAUAUAUAAAUCCUAAAC